AUGACAGACCGACAAGUUUAUUCACCUGUUGAUCGCGGAUCUCUGAGUGCUGAUGGUGCAUCUCAGUCGUUCCUGUCACCAGAAGAGAAAGACUAUGUGUUUGACGGAAGACGACCCGCGAAAAGUCGCUUCAAUCUUGUUUUGAGAACAAUCUUCUUUUUGUUUGUGUUGGUCUUGCAUGCAGGCUUGAUAGUACUCCUUGCGAGAUGGCUUGCACCGUCUUUCUUGGGCUCGUCCAGCAAUACAGAACCCCAUGGUAUAACCAGCACGCAUGGCUCGCACGGCUCGCACAUGGGACACAUGGGAGGACACAAGGACAAUUCAUGCGCGUCCGAAGACGACAACCGCGUUUAUGCGAUUGAAGAAACGGGCCGUGAUUCCGUCAAGAACCCAAAUGCUGAGUUCACUUACAUGAACCCCUGCGGCAACAGUGCUGCUGAAGCAAGGGAACGUGGUUGUAAAUUUGGCCUGCUCUACGGCGCAUGGCUGCACCCACAAUGCUACGACGAGGAAACAGAGGAGAACUUCAGAAAAUACACAAACUGGAGAUUCUGGCUACAGCCAAACCGCACACAAGAAGUCACUAUUGAAGAGGCUUCCAAAGGAGAGCACGACUUUCUACUCGUUGAGUGGGAAUUUCACCAGCGUCACUGUGCCGAGAUGAACCGGAGACUCUUCACAGCUGUAUCUCGUAGAGGACUACACACAAUCGACUCGUAUCUGUCACAAUGGGAACAUUGGGAUCACUGCGCGCACGCUCAAAUGGAGGUGAACCCAAUGCAUGGUCUGAGUGCCCUACUUUGGCGCAAAUUCCCCGACUGUGGCCUGAUCCGCUGGAAUUACUAA